CAAUCAAAACCUGAAGGAACUGUUUAGACAUAUGACAAGGAUUUGCAUGAUGCAUUUUUGUACUACGGUGAGGAAAGAAAAUCUAGGAUUUUGGUUUUCCUUCAUGUAUUUGGUGCAAAACUGACUGUAAACACCUCUUCAACCUCUCUGAGAGAUUACAUGUAAUGAGGUGUUUCUAGCAGGGCUGAACUGACAAAAACAGCCUGCUGAAGACUCAAGAAACUCCAGCUUACAGGAGCUCACUAAAACCACUGGAAUUUUACUCCGGAGUUAUUCUGCAUUAGCCAAAUUCAGGCGUUCACCUUGAAUGGGACAAUUUCACUCUUAAUGAACUCUUCUAAAUGCAUAAUCCGAGCUGAAGAACUGGAAUGGCCUGUAUCUGUGAAGGUCAAUAAAUCUGACAUUCACAGCACCGUCUUGGCAAGCCGGGCUGCGGAUGUAUUUUUCAAAUUACUUGUCUCGUGUAGAUGAGACUUAAGAAUUCAGCUCAUGGCAUUUGACUCAGCCUGACAUUUAAAGGCGAUGUAAAAUCUGGAAUAAUCAGGACUCUUAAUGAGCGCUGUGAAUAAUGUAGUUGGACCGUAUAGAUGGUGACAUUCAAGUGCAAAGUAGCGAGUCCCGCAGGGGCCCGGACGCUUGUCGGCGUGUUUAACGGAUGGGGCCUGGGCUUGCCGGAGGACACGAAAUACCCCAGACGCCAGAGUGUUCUAACUGAUGUGGUAAAACAGCAGAUUUUCCAGCAGACUUCCGAUCGGCCAGGUGAUGGAAUAGAUGAUGUCGGAAGUACAGGGCACUGUGGAGUUCUCGCUGGAGCUGCACAAGUUUCACAAUGUGGAUCUCUUCCAGAGAGGCUUCUAUCAGGUGAGGGCAGGCCUGCGUGUGUCUUCUCGGGUUCCCCACAGAAUCACUGCCACAACACCUGGAUACACAGGCGAGUGCAGUUUCAGCAGUGCAGGGGUUCAUGAUGGUGGUGUCUUCAGUCGGAUCUUUCAGAUCCUGUACAGGAAUGAGGAGGUGACCCUGGAGGACCGCAUGAACUUCAGAGUGCAGCUGCUGCUGGACGGGGAGAGGGUGGAGGAAGCUGUGAGCGAGGUGGACUUCCAGCUCAAACUAGAUCUGCACUUCACUGACAAUGAACAGCAGUUGGCGGAUAUCUCUUCAGUGCCUCUGAUUAGCAGCAGGACGUUGGGUUUGCACUUCCAUCCUCACCAAGGCCUACACCAUCACCUGCCCGUCAUGUUUGACUAUUUCCACCUGUCCGUCAUCUCCGCCUCAAUCCACGCCUCUCUGGUGGCACUGCACCAACCACUGAUCAGUUUCGCGCGCAGUGGUAAGGGGGCAUGGCUGGGUAAAGGCUCUCCAGAGAGUGAAGCUCCGCCCUCUGCGAUGUCAGUGGAGAAUCUGAUGUUUGGGGCGGGAUAUUGCAAACCUGUGCCAACAGAGGGCAGUUUUUACGUGCCGUCGGAGAACUGUCUGCAGAGAGCUUACACGUGGCACCGGCGCAUCUGUAAACUGUUGCUGGCGGCUCACAGAGCUCUGCGCUCCUAUUACACGGCGCUAAUGAAGGAGAUCCCUCAACUGCAACACAUAGAGAUGGAGGACCUUCCUCUUGAAGAAACAUUAAACCAGCUCACCAUUGAACUGCAGUUGCAGAGCGGUCAUGAGAAGGUAGCAGAACAGAUCAGUAAAGAACUGACGCAGCUCUGUGCUCAGCUGGCUGCUCUUUGGACACAGUUUUUGGAAGCCACGGUUCCUAAUCCACAUAUCCGCUCAUAUCUGGCCCAGGAGCACCACACACUCAGGGUCAGGAGAUUUUCUGAAGCAUAUUUCUUCACUGAACAUCCCAAAGAGUCCUCACUCACAUUUCAGGAGGAGCUUAUCAACAGACAAGCACAGGUGGCCACAGAGAUGCGCAACUCUGAUUACCUGCUCCGAAUGCCUCCACUUCCUGUGGAAUGCCUGGACAUCGACGGAGACUGGAGCAGCCUGCCAAUCAUCUUUGAGGACAGAUACGUGGACACGCCCUGUUUAGACUACAACCUCCAUGUGGAAAAUCAGACUGUUUUAAACUCUCAGCCAUGUCCUGAGCCAACGAGGAUGGAAGAUCAAACCAUCAUUCCGGUUGAGGGAACACAGGACACCAAUUCACCAGCAACACCCCCUGAUGAACCUCCCAGUGAAGAUUACAUGGACUUGCCCACAUACAUGGCCCUGAUUGGCCGGCAGGAGGACUGCAUCACUGACUAUAAAGAGACCAGAGCUCAAGCAGAGACUCUGAUUGGCCAUGUGGGAGAGAUUGAUAUUGAUAGAAGCGAAUGUAUCACGACCUCAGAUUCAAGAAUUGAUUCUGUUGAUAAGGCCAGAUGCCAGUAUGAAACUGAGGAAGGAUUCGAUGUUGAUUGUAGGUCUGUAGACAGCGAUGAAGCAAUAGAUACAGGUAACCUUGAGAAAACUAGUUGCCAAAAAGAAGCAGUUGACUUUGUUGAAUCUGAUCAUGCGGGUCUAAAACAAACAAAUGUUCCCAAAAGUACUGAUUUUAGUAGCGGACAGACUUUGCUGCUUGUUCCGACGGAUGCUGCAGAACUUCCCGACCUCACCAGCCUUGACAGCUUUGAGUUCUUGCCCACUCAUAACCAUGACAACCAUCUUGAAACACCAGGCAAUACAGGGAGUCUUGGCAACGACCAGCCACAGUCGGUAUUAGAUAACAGAUACACUGAAGCACCUGCAAAGGAUUAUGGGAGCAAGGAUACAUCACCAGCUAAUCUACUGAACACCAACUCAAUGGGAACCGACACUUUAGCCACGUCUCCUUCUCGUAAUGUUAUACAACAGAUCCAUCGCUUGUCCGAAACCCCGCCCAAGGGCAUAUUCUUGGGCGGGGCUAAACUAAUGACCCGCUCCUCCUCCGUUAUUUCGGAUUCUGGUAUUGAGAGCGAGCCAAGCUCUGUGGCCUGGACCCUGGAGGGUCGAGGAAUUGUCGGAGGGGGUCGUGACGUCUUGCAGAACUUGGCGCGUCGUCAGCCGGCGCAUCAGAGCUCUUUGGAGGGCCUACAGAUGGAAAGUCACGGCAGCCUGCCCAGUGCCACGCAGGCCUCUCUGACCUCCAUAAGCUCCCUGCCUUAUGAAGAGGAGGAGGAGAGGCAACUCAAUACUUUGACCAAAUCCGCCUCAGCGCCACAGAUCAGCAGUCCUGACGACACAGAGGAAGAUCAUGAAACACCCAAUCAGGAGAAGAGGAAUGUUUGUGUGGCCAAUCAGCUGAGUCUGAGUGAUGAAGCAGUCAAAGAAAUGAAGCAGAAACUUCAAGGAGUUACUAGAGAGGAUAGAGAGGAAACAACCAAUCAGGAGAAGAGGAAUGUUUGUGUGGCCAAUCAGCUGAGGCGGAGUGAGGAAGCAGCCAAAGAAAUGAAGCAGAAACUUCAAGGAGUUACUAGAGAGGACAGAGAGGAAACAACCAAUCAGGAGAAGAGGAAUGUUUGUGCAGCCAAUCAGCUAAGGCAGAGUGAGGAAGGAGCCAAUGAGGUGAAGCAGAAUCUUCAAAGCGUUACUAAGGAGGACAGAAACGAAACAACCAAUCACGAGAUCGACGUGGGUGAGUUGUCCAAUCAGGAAACAUCAGAUCUUGAAUUAGCUAAUCCAGUAAUGUUUCUAUACCAGCAAUGUGGGACGCACAAUGGUGUUGAAAACGCCACAGUGGAGGAACCGACUGAAAACUCAGAGGAAAGUAAAGCAAACAUAUUACUUGACGAGUAUUCUGCUCUAAAUGAUGACAACACAAAGAUCUGUAGCUGUGAAAAUAAAUAUUGCGAACACAAGGGGGUGCUAGAAUCAAACACAUAUCAAAAGGACCCCGAUGACAUCAGUGUCUGUCACAUUCAUUUGAAUGAAUUUGAAGAAGUAAGCAUGGAGAACCUUCCAGAUCCACCAAUCAAUGCCAAGAGCAGUUACAAAAUUGCUGCCAAUGAGAAAGAAAUGCCUGCUGAUAUCAUCAAGCUUCCAGCCAAUGAGAGAGAGCAGCAGGCGCUAGAGGGGCAGAGCAGAGCCAGUAAAGUGCCAAGUACAGGUCUGUCAUUUGUGAAUAAAAAGGUGGUGGAGGUAGUCAACCUGUCGGUGUCAUGCGCUCCCACAUGUCUGCCCUUCUCGUCUGUGCUACGUGAUUCGCCAUCGGUUAGCGGAAUCUCCACGCGCCAGGCCACUUCCCCAAUUACCCAUCAACCCCUAGGCUCAUUUGGAAUAAUUUCCUCCAACUCCUCCUUCGGCGCUGAUCAGGAAAUCAACGAGAGAAUGAUUAACUUCUAUAAGGCAAAGGAGGCCAUGCUGAGGGAGCUGGUGUUCAGAGGCACUCUCUACAGUGACCUGCCUUACCUCGCCUCCGAUCACCCAUACUUCCCUCCUGAGGAAGACGACACCGAGUUUGAGGAUGGGAUCCACCUCGUGGUGUGUGUCCAUGGACUUGAUGGUAACAGCGCAGAUCUGCGGUUGGUCAAGACGUUUAUAGAGCUCGGGCUGCCUGGAUCUAGACUGGACUUCCUCAUGUCAGAACGCAACCAGACGGACACCUUUGCAGAUUUUGACACCAUGACUGACAGACUUCUGGACGAGAUAAUUCAGCACAUCCAGCUGUAUAACCUCACCAUCCACCGAAUCAGUUUUAUCGGACACUCUUUGGGGAACGUCAUAAUUCGCUCUGUGCUGACCCGACCCAGAUUUCGCUGUUACCUCUGUAAACUCCACACCUUCCUGUCCCUGUCUGGACCCCACCUGGGAACACUGUACAGCAACAGCACGCUGGUCAGCACAGGUCUGUGGCUAAUGCAGAAACUGAAGAAGUCUGGUUCGCUACUGCAGCUUACGUUCAGGGACCACACCGACCCGCGACAGACCUUCCUCUACACACUCAGCAAGAAACCAGGUCUGCAGUUCUUCAGGAACGUGGUGUUGGUGGCCUCUCCACAGGACCGAUAUGUGCCCUUCCACUCGGCCCGCAUUGAGAUGUGUCGGACUGCGCUUAAAGACAGAACCACAGGUCCAGUAUAUACAGAGAUGAUCAAUAACUUACUCCAGCCGUUGCUAAGUGCUCCAAAUUGUCGUUUGAUCAGACAUAACGUGUUCCACGCGUUACCCAACACGGCCAACACGCUGAUCGGACGUGCGGCUCACAUCGCCGUACUCGACUCUGAACUCUUCCUGGAGAAGUUCCUUCUGGUGGCCGGGCUCAACUACUUCAAAUAGCCAUGCUUUCGAGGUGACAUCAUGCCUUGAGUUGGGUGGGAGAGCCAAUCAGAUUACACGUCACGUCAGCCAAUCACACUUCAUUUCAGAGUCUUAAUGAGCUCUGGAAUUUUUUUUUUCAGUCUUUGGAUGCAAAGAAAAAACAGAAAUUGAAGAUUCAGACGGUGAAUCUGAAUUCAUAUAUGUAAAGUCUGUACAGGAAGAACAUUGUAUACUAAGCAAAUAGAGGAAACUAACAGCUGGAGGCCUACACACACCUUAACGAAGCUUUAUGACGUAGUAACGUAACACUGAAUAAUCCUAACUGGAGAGUUAAUUAUGUGAAUGUAAAUUCGGUGUGUAGCUGGUCUUGUAACAACCGCCUUGGUUCUUCAUUCCCUCCAGUCACCGAACAUAUAUUUGCUGCGCCAUUCGUAACUUGAAGAGGUCAACAUCACUGGGCUUUAUACUUGAAGAGUAAAUUCAGUCAUUGGCGUUUGAGUUUUUCGUUACGAGAACGCCUCAGUGUUUUCAUGUCUCUUUUUAAAAGAAAUUAUUUUAUAGUUUGUGUGUUUCGACUGUGUUAUGUUGUGAAGCGCGAGUCUCACUGUGAAAUAAGCCAAAUCCAUUGGGUUUUAUGUGUUGUGAUGGAAUACAUUCUGUCGGUUUCCCCUGUAACCGUGUUCAUUGGGUGCGCAGAGAACAUGUUCUGAAUGUGUUUACCAUUCCAGCCUUAACUAUCAAAAAAGUGAGCAUUUCUAAGCAUCUUCGAUCUAUCAUUUCAAUGUUACGUUCAUUCAUUUUAAAUGGUUAGUUCACUAAAAUGAACAUCUGGUCAUCAUUUACUCACCCAUCAUGUCGCUCCAAACCCGUGUUCUUCUUUCUUUCAUGGAACACAAAGGAGUGUAGCUCCAAAGGUGACAAUAAAGUGGGAAGUCGUGGCCUAAUGGUUAGA